AUGGACAUAUUAGGUUUAGGAUCAAAAGUUGACGCAGAUUUUAUUCUUGAUCCAAAAGGUCAACGAAAACAAGUUGACGUCAAAAUUGAUGAAACUAAACGAUCGUCACAAUACGUUUACUACAAUGGAGAAGAUGUUGCUGGCACGGUACAAAUAAAAUUAAAGAAAAAUAGUAAAGUAGAACAUCAAGGAAUUCGAUUGGAAUUCGUUGGACAAAUCGAAAUGCUCAGUGAUCGUAGUACUAUCCAUGAGUUUACAAAUCUAACGAAAUUACUUGCAUUUCCUGGCGAAUUAACUGAAAAUGUAUCAAUGGAUUUUGAUUUUUUAAAUGUUGAAAAACCCUAUGAAUCUUACAUGGGUAUCAAUAUUAAACUAAGAUACUUUCUUCGUUUAACAAUCAUAAAACGUUUUUCUAAUAAUGUCUUCGAACGUGAUAUAUGUGUUCAACAGCUAUCACAAUAUCCUGAAAUAAAUAAUAGUAUUAAGAUGGAGGUUGGCAUUGAAGAUUGUUUACAUAUUGAAUUCGAAUACAAUAAGUCAAAAUAUCAUUUAAAAGAUGUUAUUGUUGGAAAGAUAUAUUUUUUACUUGUUCGCAUUAAAAUCAAACAUAUGGAAAUAGCUAUUAUUAAAAAGGAAAGUUCAGGUACUGGGCCAAAUAUUUAUGCUGAAAAUGAAACUAUUGCGAAAUAUGAAAUCAUGGACGGUGCACCUGUUCGAGGUGAAAGCAUUCCGAUUCGCUUAUUUUUGGCUGGCUAUGAUUUAACACCAACAAUGAAAGAUAUUCAAAGAAAAUUUUCUGUUCGAUAUUUUCUUAAUCUUGUUCUAAUUGAUGAAGAAGAACGACGUUAUUUUAAACAACAAGAAAUUACUCUGUGGAGAAAACAAGAUAAAGAUAAAGAUAAAACAAAACAGUCAACUAAGCAAUAUGCUCAUUUUGAACGACCAAAUGCUGCAAAUCAAUCAGAAGAAAAUGGAUCAGGAACAAAUGCAACAGAUAAUUCACCGGCCACCGAAGUUGUGUCAUCGGAAAAUAAAAGUGAUGCAUUUAGUGAUUGA